UAACUUGUUUUGCAUCAGUGCAGCUGUGCAGCAGUGCAGCGAAAAAGAACAAGUCAAUGACAUCCGUGAUUUGUCCCUCUCUGAAACCCUGAAACUAAAUGCAGUUAUGCAGUCUCCUGUGAUUCUUUACUUCUUGGUUUAUAUAUACUUUCAUAUGAAGUAGUUGGAUGAGUUGGAUUGGAUUUAUGGAGUAAUACAGAAUUGUAAUAUAUAUAAAUGAGGAACAUACGAAACCGUAACCAUUAAAAUUUGAGAAAAUAAUGGCUACAACAGAAAAAGAAAUUACCGAUUUACUUUGGGAAGAGAUGAAGAUGUUUGCUACAGAACAACAGCAAUGCUUCUAUGAGCUUCUUGCCGAUCCUGAUUGGACAAUAUAUAAAAGUGAUAAACAUAAAUAUUUAAAACAGAAUAUUGGAUAUGCGAUUUAUGGAUCACCGGAAAGCACCAAGGACGCCAAAAAAGAGGAACCCAGUAGCUGUUAUUAUGAAACAAAAAAUUCGAAUGAUAUGGAUGAUGUAGCAGACACAGUGAAAUAUAAUAACCAAGCUAAAAAAGUCAUAGAUAAAAUUUAUGAACAGAUAUGCAAGUGUACAAUAGAAACUGAUGAUACUGAACAAAUUUAUUUUAGUAUCAUUUUUAAUUUAAUAUUUCGUUCAAAAACAAAUGUGAAACCUAAGAAAGAAGUGAAAAAGAAAGUAAAGAAAGAGGCAAAAGCAGAAAUAAAAGAAAAAGCAAAAGAAGAUAAAAAAGAACUACUUAUUGUAAAUCCUGUUCCUAUUUUUAAAAUUAGAAAGAGUGUUCAAAACAAUUUUAAAACUACAAAGAGCAUUGAACAAGAGAAUACACCAAUUGCUGAUGAAAUACAAUACGAAACAUGGUACAUUGAUACUAAUGCCAGAGUAUACAAAACUUGGGCAGACUAUAAAAAAAAUAAUAAUUUACCACAAUGCACUAUGGUUGUUCCAAAGGAUGGUUUUUAUCAAGCAGAUCCAGAUUAUCCAAUUACAGAGGAAUAUUCGACAGUUUGGCUAGAGAUCAUGGAUUCCCCUGCGUGUACGUGGAAGGCAAAAAUUUGCAAUGGAAUUGAUAUUGCUUCCAGUGUUAUCGGAAUUGGCACAGUUGGCUUGGGUGUCGCGUCACUGUUAACACCUCUCGCGCCAGUUGUUAUUGUGUCAGGUAUUGCUGCUACUGGUGUAACUAGUGCUUGGACACUUGGCCGAAAUUCCCAACAUUUAGUAGAUCGCAGUAGCCACAAAGAAUCCGUUCAUCUUUUCAACAAAGAAGCAUUUCCCCAUUAUCUCGGCAUAGCUGGUACCACAUUUGGUUUAGGAGCAGUUGGAGGAUCAGUGAUUAUUUCUAACGUUGCUGCACGCGGUAUGACAGUAAAUACCUUUGCAAAAGUGGCAUUCGAUACUGUACAACGUGGAAACCUGUUCUUGAACGGUGUUGGCAUGCUAUAUCAAGGUUAUUAUAUGAUAGACAAAUAUAUAACGGGGGAAACAGUAACUGUCGGAGAUGCGUUAAAUUUGGCAACGCAUAUUAUGUUUUUCUGCGGCUCCAUAGUAAAAGUUCAAUUUGCCAACGAGAUUAUCGAGAGUACGCAAGGUAAAGUUAUCAAUGAUUACAAAGAAAGUUUGAGCUCCAAACGUCUUCGUAAAAAAUACAAUCGCGUUGUGAGAAACGCUGCCGAAAAUAAUGUAUCUAAAAUAUCCGAGAAUGCAGACGUGAUAAGUUAUAUAACAAAAAGCAAAGAGCUCUUAUCUAAUCAACCUGCAGCUAACAGCAGUAAUCAGAUAUUAAACAAUCGCAAUAUCGUAUGGUCAUGCAAAGGUGGUAGAUUAAGAGUCAACGGCAUUGUAUUGCUAGAUCCUGUUGAGUAUGUUACUCGCCUUAUAAAAUUGGGUAUAUUCAUCGAAGUCAACCAAAACAAUUCAUCUGGUCCGCAAAAUCAUACUAAUGAUGCUGUCGCUGAUCAGUUACUACAAGUAUUCUGUAACUUAUUAUCGAGAUACUAUGAUAGCGAUGACUGUCCUAGGACCAAAAAUCUACCAAUAGUGCCAGAUUUUGAACCGCUGAUAAGGGAAAUGAGUUCUAUGCAUAUUAAUGAAGAUUAUUUGAAGAUGCUGUUCAAAAUCACGGAAAAAUUAAUGAAGCGUUCUAGAAGUAUGGACGACUUUCUAUUUCAAACGUUUACUUUUGUUUGGCAAUAUUGUAAAGCAAACUUGAGACAGUGGGGCAUGAGCUUAUGCUAUUAUACGCAAAGCAUUUCUAGCAGUAAGAUCUUGCAAAAAAUUAUCAUUGCAAUUUUUGAAGCAAUUGAUGUGGUGCUUAAUAAUUUGUUCUGUGCCUUUGGGAUGUAUAUAGAUUCCAAUAUGGAUAGAUAAAUCAGGAAUUAAAAUUAAGAAUAGAUUCUAUAAUAUAUGAAAAUAUGACUAAUAUAAAAAAUAGAAAUUAGAAAAAUGGCGCACACAAUAACUCGUAACAAUAAGUCACAAUUUUGAUAGAUAUAUAUGCUAUAUUUAUAAGCACAUAAAUUAUAUUUAAUUGAAAUUAUUUAAAUAAUACGUUGAAAAAAAAAUUCCCAAUGAGAGCUAGUACUGGAUAUAAGCAUGCAAGAAAUUAUUUAGGCUGAUGUUAAACGCGAAUACAAACGUUGAACUUAUGUAUACAUCGAAUAUGCUAAUGUAUCGAACGUAUGAACUUAUGUAUACAUCGAAACUACUAAUUUUGACUCACAUUUCGAAUGUAGCAGAAUAAGAUUACAAAAAUAUCCGUUCUAUAAUUUGUGUUAGCUUUGAAUGAUGUAAAAAUGUAUGUCAAAAUUGUAAAAGAUCUUCCUCAUAGUAAUAAGAAUAUAAGAUAAUCCAAGUAAAGAAAGACGGAAAAGGAAGAUAAUUUGUCAGUUAUAGUUAAAAAUGUGGAGAUACAAUUUUGUUAAUGUAAAACGAAAAUUAUUUGCUAAUUUGCUCGACGUGAUGAGCUCAUUAAAUGAUGAAAGUAUAUUACUUUUUUCUUUUUUAUGUUUUAAAGAAUGUGAUACUAUUAUGUCAUGAUUGUAUAGUAACAUCCCAGUAUUUUUUUAUGCAUAAGCUUUAAAAUCUCUUGCGUUAAUUGAAUAUAACGAUCUUGAAAAAUGUCAUGUAUAUAUAUUUGUAAAAUAUUUUUUAAUGCAAUAUCUGAAAUGUAAUAUCUUAAAUGUGAAUGUUAUAUAUUUUCAAAAAUUUGUAAUAUAUCUUAAUUAUUAUGGAUAUGAGCAAUUUUUACAAUAUAAAACAAUUUUAAAUUAUUGAAAAUGUAUUGCAUAUCAUUCUGUGCCUUAUAUUUCAAUAUGUUAUAUUUUGUUCAGAUGUAUGUAUUUGUUCAGAUUGUAUGAAUAUUAUUGAAACAUUACUGAAUAUUAAACAAUAAAUAUUUUCUAUUUUCUUAUCU